GAAAGAUCUCACAUCACAGAUUAGUGCUCCUCUUCUCCCGCUCUGCACGCUGAUGCUCCGUGGCACAGUCAGUCAGAAAGGCAAAAUAUAAGCAAACAGGAGGGGGAGAAGAGGAGGAGAGGGUCUGCCUGCUGGAGGAGCCCACGUGUCUCUUAGCUGUAGCCUUAGCCGCUGUUAAUGGAGGACUGGGGUGCAUGAGGAGCGUAACUCUGCAGACCCACACCGCCUGAAGCCAUCCUGCCAAAUCUGGAGACCAUGUCUGGAGCCUACGACGAGUCCGCCAGCCAGGAGGAGACCACGGACAGUUUCUGGGAGGUUGGGAACUACAAACGUACAGUGAAGCGGAUCGACGAUGGUCACCGGCUCUGCAAUGACCUGAUGAACUGCAUCCAGGAGCGUGCCAAAAUCGAGAAAGGCUACGCACAGCAACUGACCGAGUGGUCCAAGAGAUGGAGACAGCUGGUAGACAAAGGGCCUCAGUACGGCACAGUAGAGCGAGCUUGGUUUGGGAUGAUGACAGAGGCAGAGAAGGUGAGCGAGCUUCACCAGGAAGUGAAAAACAGCCUGAUCAACGAGGACUUUGAGAAAGUGAAGAACUGGCAGAAAGACUUGUACCACAAACAGAUGAUGGGCGGAUUCAAGGAAACCAAAGAGGCAGACGAGGGCUUCAAGAAGGCCCAGAAACCCUGGGCCAAAAAGCUAAAAGAGCUCGAGGCUGCAAAGAAGUCCUACCACAUGGCCUGCAAAGAGGAGAAGCUGGCGUCCACCAGAGAGGCCAACAGUAAGGGAGAGGCCUCAGUGGCCGCUGACCAGCAGAAGAAACUCUCGGAGAAACUGGAAAAAUGCAAACAGGACUCACAGAAGGCCAAGGAGAAGUAUGAGAAGGCUCUGGAUGAGCUGAGUAAGUGCACUCCGCAGUACAUGGAGAACAUGGAGCUGGUGUUCGACCAGUCCCAGCAGUUUGAGGAGAAGAGGCUCAGCUUCCUCAGGGAGGUGCUGUUGGACGUCAAGCGCCACCUCAACCUCACAGAAGACGAAAGCUAUGCCGCAGUGUACGAAGAACUUGAACGCACUAUCACAUCGUCCAGCCCGCAGGAAGAUCUGAAGUGGUUCAGCAACACUCACGGCCCCGGCAUGCAUAUGAACUGGCCACAGUUUGAGGAAUACAACCCCGACCUUACCCAUAACAUUUCAAAGAAAGAAAAGUUGAAGAAAAGCAGCGACGGCGUCAUGCUGACCCACGUCACAACAGCAGUCAACCACGCUCAAGCUGAAGACCGGGGGAGUGUGAGCAGCUACGAGAAGAACCAGGCGUACAUGGCCUCCACAGAGUGGUCGGACGAGGAUCAGACCGCCCCAGACUCGGGCAACGACACCAACGGAGGAGCGAACCCCUUCGAGGAGGACGUGGUGAAAGGCGUGAGAGUGAGAGCGCUGUACGACUACGACGGACAAGAGCAGGACGAGCUCAGCUUCAGAGCAGGGGACGAGCUGAUUAAGCUUGAAGACGAGGACGAGCAGGGUUGGUGUAAAGGUCGCCUAGAGAGCGGCCAGCUGGGUCUUUACCCGGCCAAUUACGUGGAGCCGAUGUAGCUGCUGCCGCUCAGGAUGAUGUGUCAUCGGAGGGCAAAACCCAGACUGAACCGUCCAGUCAUAACUGCACAUUGCCAGAGACUUGAGAGCAAAGCUUCCUUUUCACGUCGGGCGUAGAGAGCCGUCUUCAUCUCAUCACAGCGAAAGACUUUACUGAAACUAAAUCAUCAUCCAGAUACUGCACCUGAAGCAAAAGUAUUUCAGUCUCUUUUCUGUGUAGCUGUGUUUGAUUUCAGAUGUGAUGCUAACAUGCUACACAGUGUGUUCUCUCAUCCUGACACUGACACAGUAUCGUCAGUCGUGCCUGGAUAGCCUGAGCUAUGCAUUGUGCAUUUCAUGUAUAUAUUUUAAUCUUUUAUUUUUUACAGUCUGGAUGCUUGUACAGUUUUUUCUCAUUGAAUACAGUGUUUUUUCCUCUCUGUGAAAUAUGUACACGUUUAAAAUUAAAGGAAUAGUUUUGGGGUAUUUACUUAUUUGCUUUCCUUCUGAGAAUUUGAUUGAUACUACUUUCAUGUUUGUGAAGUGAAGCUACAUCCAGGGCCAGAUUAGCUUAGCCUAGCAUAAAGACUAAAACAGCUAACCUUGCUUUGUUUGAAAGAAACCAAAAAUACCUACCACCUCCUCUAAAGCUCAAAAGUUAACAAUUGAAAAUGUACUCCAGUGUUAGGCUUGCAGUUUCAGCUGCUUUAACCUAUACAAAAUUGUGAAUAAUCGAUAAACCAUUGCGUCUGGCCAAAAAAUAUAUUUAGCACUAACCCCCCCAUUAAACCACAACUGGUCACCUUUUUGUACAAAUUAAACAAACGAAAAACACAAUUCUAUUUAGGAAGUUUCAAAAAAUGUCCCAAAUUGUGAUCAAUAAAGUACAUCUUAUCUUAUCUUAAAAACCAGUCUAGUCUAGCUGACUGGUUAACGUCUUUAUGCUAUGCUAAGCUAGCUAGCUAUGGCUUCACAUGUAGUGCACAAACAUGCCUGAAUAAGGCAAGGCAAGGCAGGCAAGGCAAGUUUAUUUAUAUAGCACCUUUCAACACAAGGCAAUUCAAAGUGCUUUACAAAAAUGGAAGACAUUAUGAAAAUGGCAUUUAAAAUCAGUCAUUAAAAAGAAAAGAUAAUAAAAUAAGCAUUAAAAGAAAAAAUACAUGGAUAAAAGUUAAAAAUAAGAAUAAGCAGAAUAAGUAUAUUUAAAACUAUUCCUUUAAUACAUGUCGUUGUUUUCCUGCUGCUCUCCAUAGCAUGACACUGAAUUAGCAUUAUGGACCGAGAUAAUAGACAGCUCAUCAUCAGUAUAACAAACACACACAUUCACUGAGCAGAGCUUCUCUUUGAAACAGAGCAAGAGUUGUUUACACUUCCCUCCGCUGUCACUGAUACUGUUAGAACUAUUACAUUUCAUUCUGUGUGUCUUCCUGUUUUGUCUUGAUGUACAAAUGGACUGUCAUAAUAACCCCAUGCGCACUGAACAAACCUGCCUGGAAACAACUUCAUUUCACAUCCUAGGAUUUUAUUUAUUAAUCUCCAAUCGACUGCUGCAGCUAAUUGUUUACUAUGAGUGAAUGUUAGUGACUUGGCAUUAUCAGCUUCCAGCUCCUGUCUCUCUGAUUGUGUGCAUGCUGAUCCCACACACUGUUAACCGCUCUGGUCUGGACUGAUCCAGUGCAUGGCCUCAAUUUGUUUCCACCAAAUUAUUCACAGUGUCUUGAUGGAAUUAAAACCCUUAUCAGAUGACGAUGAUGCCAUUGAUUUGCAUUGCAUAACAUAGUCGGACAUGAUUGGUCUAUUUCAGUGUGUACCAAAUGUACACGUCUUUAUUGCUUAUUUUGUUUUAAUCAAAAAAUCAAACUAAGAGUAUAAGUGCAUGUUGAUUGGUUCGUUGCUCCGGGUAACCACAGGUGUUGGUGUAAACUACACCGAUGUUGAUGAGUAAUGUUGGUGUAGUUUUACUGACGCAGACAGAAAAGGCUGCACAAAAGAACAGAAAGAGGAUCUGUGUCUGAAAUAUUGAUGAGACAGUGGCCUUGUAUUGCUCUAACAGAGAAGUUCACUUUUAAAAGGUCCAGUAGGGAAAUGUCUCUUGUACUCUGUCUGUGCUUCUGUGUGCUUUAAAAAAAAAAAAUGUUGCUCUUUGUAAGCACUGGGGGGUGAAAUCAACAUUGCCUUAUCAAAAUCUACCACCCGACAACUGCAGAGACUCUCAACCAUCAUGUUAAACAAAGUGAGCUCGCCUCGACUGAAUCUGACUGCUGUACUCCGGCUCAGUUUACACACCGACACAACACGCAGGACUUCUUCGUGAUGACUGAAGAUGAGUUUAAAGGUUUAAAAAGUGUAUUUUCAAUGUAUGGGACUCUUGACAAGUGUACUGUAAAAGCUACAACUGCUCCAUCCACUGUGACACUCCUGUGAUACACUGAAUAACCGUAAAUCAUAUUUAAAACAAACAUACAUGCUUCUCUCUUUUCUGUCUGAAAACAUUGAUCUGCAAUGUUGACGGGAACUUUUAGAAGGCUUUAUCUUUCUUUUCGUAGCAUAGUGCUGUUAUUUCCAAACUGUAGUGCCUGUUUAUCUGCAUACGCAAAAAAUAAAAGAUGUCAUCAGAAAACUCUGAGGCAUAUGAGACUCA